ACGCCCCCUGCAUCAUGACACGCCCCCAGCAUCGAGCCACGCCCCCUCCCUUGGUCCAGGCAGCAGCAUCUCUCUCCUGUGUUGUCAUCGCAGUGAGCCAGUGAACGCACCACUGAAGCAAAGGAUCUCCCAGUAUCUUCCAGGGUGAGCUGCUAUGGGGAAGGAGAAGCUCCACAUAAACAUCGUGGUAAUAGGACAUGUCGACUCAGGCAAGUCCACCACCACCGGCCACCUCAUCUACAAGUGUGGAGGCAUUGAUAAGAGAACGAUUGAGAAGUUUGAGAAGGAAGCUGCUGAGAUGGGAAAGGGUUCCUUCAAAUACGCCUGGGUUCUGGACAAGCUGAAGGCAGAGCGUGAGCGCGGCAUCACCAUUGACAUCUCUCUUUGGAAGUUUGAGACCAGCAAGUACUACGUCACCAUCAUUGAUGCUCCAGGACACAGGGACUUCAUCAAGAACAUGAUCACUGGGACUUCUCAGGCCGACUGUGCCGUGCUGAUCGUGGCCGCGGGCGUUGGUGAGUUUGAAGCUGGCAUCUCAAAGAACGGGCAGACUCGUGAGCACGCCCUCCUCGCCUACACCCUGGGAGUGAAGCAGCUCAUUGUGGGCAUCAACAAGAUGGAUUCCACUGAGCCCAACUACAGCCAGAAGCGCUACGAGGAGAUCGUGAAGGAAGUCAGUACUUACAUCAAGAAAAUCGGCUACAACCCCGACACCGUGGCCUUUGUGCCCAUCUCCGGCUGGAACGGAGACAACAUGCUGGAACCCAGCCCUAACAUGGGCUGGUUCAAGGGCUGGAAGAUCAACCGUAAAGAUGGGAAUGCCUCAGGCACCACACUGCUGGAGGCUCUGGAUGCCAUCCAGCCUCCCUCACGCCCCACUGACAAGCCCCUCCGCCUGCCCCUGCAGGACGUCUAUAAGAUUGGAGGCAUUGGGACCGUACCAGUGGGCCGAGUAGAGACAGGAGUCCUAAAACCUGCCAUGGUGGUGACCUUUGCCCCUGUCAACGUGACCACUGAGGUCAAGUCUGUGGAGAUGCAUCACGAGGCCCUGAACGAGGCCAUGCCCGGUGACAAUGUGGGCUUCAACGUCAAGAAUGUGUCCGUGAAGGAUAUUCGCCGUGGCAACGUGGCUGGAGACAGCAGGAACGACCCACCACAGGAGGCGGCCAGCUUCACCGCUCAGGUGAUUAUCCUGAACCACCCUGGUCAGAUCAGUGCCGGCUACGCUCCCGUGCUGGACUGCCACACUGCACACAUCGCCUGCAAGUUCGCAGAGCUCAAGGAAAAGAUUGACCGUCGCUCUGGUAAGAAGCUCGAAGACAACCCGAAGUUCCUGAAGUCUGGAGAUGCUGCCAUUGUGGACAUGGUCCCCGGCAAGCCCAUGUGUGUGGAGAGCUUCUCCGAGUACCCGCCGCUGGGGAGAUUUGCGGUCCGUGACAUGCGUCAGACCGUGGCAGUGGGAGUGAUUAAGGGCGUGGAAAAGAAAGCCACCAGCAGCGGUAAGGUCACCAAGUCAGCACAGAAGGCACAGAAGGUCAAAUGAACGUUGUUCUGGGCUGCUGCCCCGAACGCUCACCGUGGCCGAAGACAGACUCGCACCCUGCACCUUCUGCACACCAUAGUCAGCGUCUGGUCUAUUAUCACAAUGCAUCGCAAAAGCAGGAGAAGGAAAAAAAAAUAACUAACACGUUACCACACUGUUAGGUUUUAUUGUCACUCACUAUGUGGCAGAACAUCACGACAUAUUUGCAUCACAGCUGUCUGGUUGUGUGCUGUUGUAGUUAGAAUCAAGCUGCUCCGUUGAUCUUAGCUGCUGCGUUGGCACUAGUAAUAAAGCAGAGAUGUCCUUUGAAGUAAUGCUCUGUGUUCUAGCUUUAAAGAAGCAGGUCGAUUGGCUGCAUGCAUGUUUCCUGUUUGCACCUUAAAGAAACAUUCUUCAGAAACUCUCUGUCUGAAUCUUAAGCUCUCUUGCAGUAGCUCUGUUGAAUGUUACUGUUCAGUUCAUGCACUUUAAUCACUGGUAUUUGUCAGCAUGUGUUCAUAAAAGUAAAGAUGGUUAAACAGUA